UUUGCUUCAUACUACCAGCAAUAAGGCACACAAAAGCACCGUUCGUGGAAGUUUGGGACAAUAACCCCUUUUUUUGUAACUAAGGGGCUUUUUCGUACAAAGUCAAAUUGAGAUACUGUAGUAUCAUCAAAUUGUUUACAGGAGUAGGCUGCCCCGAUGAGAAAACAUGCCUGAAAUUAAAGUAACACCACUUGGUGCUGGACAGGACGUGGGCCGCAGCUGCAUCCUCGUCUCCAUUGGAGGCAAAAACAUAAUGCUGGACUGUGGAAUGCACAUGGGAUACAACGAUGACAGACGUUUUCCAGACUUUUCUUACGUAACGCAAAAUGGCCGCCUGACAGACUUUUUGGACUGUGUGAUCAUUAGCCAUUUUCACCUUGACCACUGCGGCGCUCUGCCCUACAUGAGUGAGAUGGUGGGCUACGAUGGACCCAUCUAUAUGACUCACCCCACCAAGGCCAUCUGUCCCAUUUUGCUGGAGGAUUUCCGGAAGAUCACCGUCGACAAGAAGGGAGAAACCAACUUCUUCACUUCUCAAAUGAUCAAGGAUUGCAUGAAGAAAGUGGUUCCUCUGAACCUGCACCAGACCGUCCAGGUGGAUGAUGAGCUGGAGAUCAAGGCGUACUAUGCGGGCCACGUCCUGGGCGCUGCCAUGGUGCACAUCAAAGUGGGAUCAGAGUCUGUAGUCUACACCGGAGACUAUAACAUGACACCAGACCGACAUCUAGGCCAUGAGCAUGUUGUUUGCAGUGCGGCUUGGAUCGAUAAGUGCAGACCGGACAUCCUUAUCUCAGAGUCCACAUAUGCCACCACCAUCCGGGACUCAAAGAGGUGCAGAGAGAGGGACUUUCUGAAGAAGGUGCACGAAAGCAUAGAGAGAGGAGGAAAGGUUCUCAUACCGGUUUUUGCUCUCGGACGAGCGCAAGAGCUCUGCAUCCUCCUGGAAACAUUCUGGGAGAGGAUGAACCUGAAGGCCCCCAUCUACUUCUCCACUGGGAUGACGGAGAAAGCUAAUCAUUACUACAAGCUUUUCAUAACGUGGACCAACCAGAAGAUCAGAAAAACCUUUGUACAGAGAAACAUGUUUGAAUUUAAGCACAUCAAGGCUUUUGAUCGCUCCUACGCAGAUAAUCCUGGUCCAAUGGUGGUGUUCGCCACGCCGGGUAUGCUGCACGCCGGCCAGUCUCUGCAGAUAUUCAAGAAAUGGGCGGGGAAUGAGAAGAACAUGGUAAUCAUGCCAGGAUAUUGUGUACAAGGAACAAUUGGUCACAAGAUCCUGAAUGGACAAAGGAAGCUGGAGGUGGAAGGGAGGGCAACGCUGGAGGUGAAGCUGCAGGUGGAGUACAUGUCCUUCAGCGCGCACGCCGACGCCAAAGGCAUCAUGCAGCUCAUCCGCAUGGCCGAGCCCCGCAACGUGCUGCUGGUGCACGGGGAAGCCCUCAAAAUGGAGUUCCUCAAGGGCAAGAUCGAGCAGGAGUUCAGCAUCGACUGUCACAUGCCAGCUAACGGAGAGACGAUCACUGUGACGACAAACCCCAGCGUUCCCGUGGACAUUUCACUCAACCUGCUGAAGAGGGAGAUGGCUCUCGGAGGAACUCUGCCAGAUCCCAAAAGACCCCGCUCCAUGCACGGAACCCUGAUCAUGAAAGAAAAUAGCCUGAAGUUGGUGUCGUCGGAGCAGGCCCUGAAGGAGCUCGGCCUGAACGAGCACCAGCUACGCUUCACCUGCCGCGUGCAGCUCCAGGACCCGCACAGCGACCCCGACACACUCCACCGAAUCUACACACACCUCAAGAGUGUGUUGAAAGGUUACACCAUCCAGCACCUCCCCGAUGGCACAGUCAUGGUAGAGUCCAUUGUCAUCAAAGUGUCCUCCUCCGCCGAAGACACCAACGCCAAGGUUCUGCUGCUCUCCUGGAGUUACCAGGAUGAAGACCUGGGGAGCUUCCUCUCAUCCCUGCUGAAAAAGGGGCUUCCGUCUGGUCUCUGCUGAAAUAUUUAUCCCAAAACAUCCCUGUCCUGUAUCCCUAACAACAACAGGCCUAAAUCUACUCCUUGUUCCCUGAUAUGAGCUGUCCUCGUUGGCCAGUUCGUCAUAGGGGAUAUUUUCAUGGACUAAUUUAUAGAAACAAAAAAAAAACAUAUUUCCGAUUUAUUGCUUUAAUUAUGAACAAACAAGACAAAUAAACACUUUUACAGAAAA